AUGCCUGAACCUACUGAAGAAACUUGGAAAACGGUAGCGCAAAAAUAUAAGGAUAUGUGGCAUUUCCCAAAUUGUAUUGGUGCAAUAGACGGCAAACAUAUUAACAUUGAAUGUCCUAUUAAUUCUGGAUCAACGUUUUUUAAUUAUAAAGGAAGCCACUCAGUUGUAUUAUUAGCAUUAGUUGAUGCUGACUACAAAUUUAUCGCGGUUGAUGUGGGUUCAUAUGGCCGGAAUUCUGAUGGCGGAAUUUUUUCUAAAUCAAUAAUUGGCAAGAGAUUAAGCAGUAACACGUUUAAUGUACCGAAACCAAUUCCUAUAAUUGAAAAUGGCGAACCACAACCAUAUGUAGUUGUUGGUGAUGAGGCAUUCCCACUAACAACUUAUUUACUUCGCCCAUACAGCCGAAAUUAUUUAAGAGAUAAUUUAUUUAUUUAUUUAUUUAUUUAUUAA